UACAGGCUUUACGGUACCAACAUGGCCACUUCCUCGGAGUUAUGCUCUCUUGUGCUUAUUUAAACGUUGUAAGACUAUGAUAUUUUGAUAGCGGACAUAUCACAACUUUAAAAUGAAACUAUCGCGAGUCACAUCUCUGUUAAUACGGGGGCGUCGCGUUUACCGCACAGCGGGUUUUGUCUGCGGAGAGCGGAUCAGAGAUGCAGCUGUCCUCCUUAAAAACAACUACUCUGUGUCUGCAGUCAGAGACAGAACUGCACUUUUGUACAGAAACCACGGCGAGCCCUCACAAGUCGUCCAGUUGGAGUCAUUGGUUCUGCCACAAAUGGGACCUGAACGUGUCCUGGUGAAAAUGCUGGCGGCUCCCAUCAACCCCUCUGAUUUAAAUAUGAUUCAAGGCACAUAUGCCAUCCUGCCUGAGCUUCCAGCGGUGGGGGGCAAUGAGGGUGUGGGCCAGGUCAUGGAGGUGGGUGACAAGGUGAAGACACUCAAGGUGGGCGACUGGGUGAUUCCAAGAGAUGCCGGCAUAGGAACGUGGAGAACAGCAGCUGUUUUGAAGGCUGAUGAUCUGGUGACUUUGCCUAAAGACAUCCCUGUACUGUCUGCUGCCACUUUGGGAGUCAAUCCCUGUACAGCUUUUAGGAUGCUCACAGACUUUGAGGAGCUCAAACCAGGAGACACAGUCAUCCAGAACGCAGCUAACAGCGGCGUCGGACAGGCUGUUAUCCAGAUUGCUGCUGCUAAGGGCAUUCAAACCAUCAAUGUUGUCAGAGACAGGCCUGACCUGCAGCAGCUGUCUGACAGACUGACAGCACUGGGAGCCACACACGUCAUCACAGAGGAGACACUAAGACGGCCAGAAAUGAAGGAGCUUUUCAAGUCGUGUCCUCGGCCUAAACUAGCUCUGAAUGGAGUUGGAGGAAAGAGCGCCACAGAGCUGUUACGCCAUUUACAAAGUGGAGGCAGCAUGGUGACCUACGGUGGGAUGGCCAAACAACCAGUCACUGUUCCAGUGAGUGCGCUGAUCUUCAAAGAUGUGAAAAUAAGAGGUUUUUGGGUGACCCAAUGGAAGAGAGACAACAAACAUGAUGAAGACGCCUUGCGUAACAUGCUGGAUGAACUCUGCAUCCUGAUUCGUGCUGGGAAGCUGUCGGCUCCAGCUUGCACUGAAGUGUGCCUUCAAGACUUCAGAAAGGCCCUGGAGAACACCAUGAAGCCGUAUGUCUCCACCAAACAAGUUUUUGUCAUGUGACCUCAUUUGUGUGUCUCGCGUGUUUUCACAUGCGUUUGUUAAGAUCUGCAUAAUCGAAUCCAGUUAGCUUUAUCAGCUGUUUUGGCUUUGAUUUUGAAUGCAUUGACAUUUAUUGGAUACUUGGUAUUUAUGAGCAUCAUAAGGAUUGUCAGUCCAUCAGACGUCACUCUACAUUUAUUGUGACUACAUACAGAUAACCGGAUAAUGUACAGAGUAUGAGUUUGACUAGUUGCAAGAAAGCCUGAGCAUUUGUUUCAUCUCAAGCAUUAUUGUUGCUUUAUCACAUGGAGUCAAACACAAAAAUCCUCAUAUGGGGCAUAUGUUAAAGACAGGCAUUCAUGUCAUUUAUAAGGCCCUGUAACAGACCGAAUAAUGAGAAAUAAUGACAUGUUAAAAAGAUAAACAAUAUUUUUUCGAGGUGGACACUGUUUUAGUUCUGUAAGAAAACAUGCACUUAAACUCUGAUGGAAACACAUUUGUCAAUUCAAUUCCUGGAUGCCUCAACUGAUGUGGUGCAGAUAAUUGAUUAUGUAGGAAAAAGAGUCUCAGCCUUCCCCAGUUGCAGCAAUUUUUUUUAUUAUUAUUUUAUUAUCGAUACUUUGCACCAGUUUCCCAGAAAGUGAUUUUGUUCUCUUGAACACAUGAGAUGAAUUUUAUUUGCAGAUGUUUUAUGCAGUAUUCGAUUUUUUUCCACACAAGUUUAUUUUGCAACUUUACAUGCAAAUCAAAGGCUACUGUUUUGUGAGUACUGUACUGUAUUCUUGGUCAUAGUGAGUGUUCGUACUGCUGGAUGCCCUAAUUACUGCUGGAC